AUUUCUGGAGUUUAUAUAUCUUGUACCGACGUAAGCUGUCUACUCAAAUAACAGGAUGAAUGAACUUAAUAUUUUUCUGGGUUUUAGUGACUGUUAGUGUUACUGCAGUAUUAGAUUGUCGCAGUUAAAUAUUCUUAGCACUUCUGAUUUUGUGUUUUAUUUAUAAAGCCAACCGAUGUUUAGAUUAAGAAACUUUUUAUUUUAUUACACUAUAAUUUUUAGUGCGACUGCUAGGAAGAACUUGCUCGGAUCAGUAAGGCUAAGAGUAAGAGUGUCGAAAGUUUCGACAAAGUUAUUAAUGUUGAUUUUUACUUUAAACCUUUUUACUGUUUUCGGAAACUCAAGCUGUAUGGAAAAAACACAACCAGAAGAUAUCGAUUAUAUUGAAAAUGGACCAAAUGAGCAAAUCAGUAACAAAGUGACUCCUAUUAUAUUAGUUCCAGGAGAUGGAGGCAGUCAGGUACAAGCAAAGUUGAAUAAACCAGAAACUGUUCUCUAUUACUGCGACAAAAAAACAACUGAAUACUUUACCCUUUGGCUUAAUUUGGAGCUGUUAAUACCGUAUCUUUUAAACUGUUGGGUGGACAACAUGAGAUUGGUCUAUAACAACCACACUAGAACAACAACAAAUUCACCAGGUGUGGAUAUCAUCAUACCAGGAUUUGGAAACACAGUUAGUGUGGAAUGGUUACAUCCAAGUCAUGUGUCUCCAAGUGCUUAUUUCACAAACAUAGUUGAGUAUGUGUUACCUUUGGGGUAUAGCCGGGGGGUGAACAUCCAAGGAGCUCCAUAUGACUUUCGCAAAGCACCUAAUGAAUUGCAGGACUAUUUGAAGAAUGUUACCAAUAUGUUAGAAAACACGUAUUACAAAACUGGAAAUAAGAAGGUUCUACUGAUCUGUCACAGCUUGGGGUGUCCUGUAAUGCUGUAUAUGCUUAACAAACAGUCACAGACUUGGAAGGAUAAGCAUGUUAAAGGACUUGUUUCUCUUGGAGCACCUUGGGGAGGAGUUGUUAAAGCUUUAAAGGCUUUUGCUUCGGGAGAAAACUUGGGAAUUUUUCUCGUCAAACCUCUUACUGUGAGACAAGAGCAGAGAAGCUGUCCCAGUUUGGCUUUUCUCACUCCUUCUGAUAGAUUUUGGUCCAAAAGUGAAGUUCUUGUGUACACAGCAAAAAAAAAUUACACAGUUGGAGACUACUAUGAGUUUUUUCAGGACAUUAAUUUUCCAACUGGUUGGGAAAUGUGGAAAGAUACUCAUAAUUUGACCUAUGAUUUGGAGCCACCUGGUGUUGAAGUUCACUGUUUACAUGGGUCUAAUGUCGACACUAUGGAAAGUUUCAGCUAUGCUAAGGAUGACUUUCCAGAUGGACAACCAACUAUUAAUUAUGGAAAUGGUGAUGGAACUGUAAACCUUAGAAGUCUUUUUGGAUGUCUGAGAUGGAAAAGGAAGCAGAAACACAAGGUGUACCAUAAAGUUUUCAUGAAUAUGGACCACAUGGAUAUUCUUCAUGAUCCAGCAGUUUUAGAAUACAUUAAGAACCUAAUUAUUGAAGCAUGAUGGUUAUAAAAAAAAAUUGUAAGUGAACUAAAAAAUAAAUAGCAUCUCUCUCUCUCUCUUUUAUUUAAAAUGAUUGUCUUAGUUGUGUAAUAAAUUCUUUGACUUUUGUUUAUUUAUCAAAACUUUUAUUUGUAGAAAUUAUUUUUCAACUCUAUUGCUCUUUUUUUCAGUUAGCCUUACGUGAAAGCUAUAUAGCAUUAAAUGUUUUUAGAUUUUCCUUUUUAUUAAAUUAAUAAAAUGGGGAAAACAAAUUAUUUUUGGAUAUUAAAUUACAUAUGUAACUGAAAAAUAUUGUUUAUAAAUGCAUUAUUUUAAUAUUUUUACUUAUUUACUGUCAAGAGCAUUUAACAAAAUGUCCACUUAUUAGUUUAUUGAGAAUUCUUUGUUUGAAACUUUAUGUAUAAGUGUCUGUUCAAAUUUCAAAUUUUAUUUGCUGCUUCAUUUUUUCAAGAAUUUUGCAUAUCUUUUAAGAUAAAGAAUCUGUUCUUUAUUUAACACCGGAUAUUAUAAAUCUUAAUAAUAUAAGGAAUGUGAUUAUUUUGAAUUCCAGAUUCUAAAUUUUGGAAAAUCUUCUAAAUUAAUGUUCUCGUGUGCCAAUCAUUUUCAAAGAAUUGAUAAGAAACUUCGCUGGAAAUUUGAUGAGAUAAUUCUUACAAAGGUCGUAUAAAUACGGUUUUGUUUAUGUAUAUAUUGAUUUCUUUAAAAACUAUUAAGAUUAUCUUAAGUUAAAGCAUCGUAGUGCUUACAUAACAGUGACAUGUCAUGUUGAUAAUGAAAUUUGUUUCACAUAACUCAUUUUGUUUUACAGUUUUUUUUGUGUUAUUUCUGUGCAGUUUUGAAAGAAAUAGAUUAAAACAUGUUAUAUAUAUUGGAAUUGUUCACUAAAAUUUGUAAGAAUAGAGCUCGUAACUUCCUGUUAUGAAGCAUAGCAAUUUUUAUAAUGACUGCAUAAGUUUGAACUGUAGCUUUAAAAAAAUAACAAACUUCAGGUGUUUUUGUAUAUUUGCAUCUCAAGAUUUUUAAUGGAUAUUUAUGAUCACAUAUACAUCUAUGUGAUUUUGCAGUAAUAUUGAAUGUGAAUUAAAUAAUUCAAGAUAUUUCAUUGUAACAAUGAAUAAGUCACUAUAUUUUUUAUAAUAUGACGCAUCACUGCUCAUCCCAUGUUAUCCAGGAGCUUAUCUUCUGUUAUUAGGAGUAAUAAUGGCUGGACUUUCAUUAUUAUUAUUUUUUUAUUAUAUUAGAAUUAUAAAAUAGUACAACAGUUAAAACUUAUGCAGUGCUUUCAGUAAAUGCAAUUAAAAAUGAAAAAUAAUUAAAUUGGCUUAGAAUUCAGUAAGUUCUGGACAGAUAAAAUAAUUAGGGUGAAAUAAUGACCAAAAUAAUCUGAAUUAUGUGUUGUAUUUCGUAUUGUAGUAUUCAUAUUAGAAAUUAUGUGUGGUGUUGUGGUAUUCAUAUUAUAAAAUUGUUUGUACUUGUAUUACUUUUGGUAAACUUUUCCUGAAGUAUAAUUUUAAAAUUAAUUUCAUGAAAUGCUAAAUAUAACUUUAAUGUUUAUAACAGUAACUGUGGUGAACUAAAUAAGUUGUUUAGGCUUAAAAGGUUGGUAAAAUAGUGAAAGUUUAUUUCAACAUUCUCAUAAUAAAACACAAGAAUAAUUUGGGAAUUGAAGUUCUACUUUCAAAUACAUUUUGGUCAGAAUUAUAACAAGAUGAAUAAAAAUUACUGUUUCCCUACAAAAACAUAAUCAUAUAUGAUAGUUUGUUAUAACUGUGUCUUUGGUAGGUUAAAAUGACAAUGAAGUUUGUUUUACUGAGCUAGCUUUAACAAACAGUUGAAAAUUAUAACAUUUAAUUGAACCAUUCAUUGUGUGUUUGUUUGGCAAGCAUGUUUUGAUAAGUUUCUAGUAUCCAACUGUAUCUUAACUUUUGUUUUUAUUUCUUAAAGAUAUCUUGCAAAAGGCAAGUGCUGGUUGGGUAAAAGAAAGACUGUUAGGUUACAAACACUUAAAUGUUGAGAUACGUGUUGAUAAAAAGGUAUUUUUGGGAUGUUUAAACACUUCUCACCCCGAACAUUCUGAGGAAAUGUCGUGCCGUAUACAGAUACAAGUUUGGAUGUUAAUGUAUUAUCGUUUCCUCUGUAUUAGUGCUUUUUACUAUGAUAACAGUGAUAAUAAAUUUUGAAAUGCUA